AUGAGUACAGCAGCCCAAACUAUCACUGCAUCAGCAGCAUCAUCAGUAUCAGUAGCAUUAGUACCAAUAACAACAAUCUCUGCAUCACCAGCAGCAGCAACAACAACAACAACGACACCUCCAACAGUCUACCAACGAUUAAUUGGCGACCGUUUUAAACCAACAUUCUCAUUAAGACAUGCUCAAACUUCUUAG